CCAGUUAACAUCCCCUCUAAAAUGAAGGCCUGGGUCUAUGGCCAAUAUGGGAAGCCCGAAGAUGUCCUUAAAUUGAAAUCCGAGGUUGAUGUUCCUGACGUAAAUGAUGACCAGGUUUUGAUCAAAGUAGUUGCUGCAUCACUGAAUCCAAUCGACUUCAAACACAUGCAUGGUUAUUUCAAGGCCAUUGAUUCUCCUCCCCUAACUGUUGCUGGAUAUGAUGUUGCGGCCGUGGUAGUUAGAGUUGGAAGCAAAGUGAAGGAAGUCGAGGUCGGGGAUGAAGUAUACGGAGACAUUCACGAGCACGCUUUGUACCCAAAGGGAUGUGGGUCACUGGCGGAGUACACUGCAGUGGAGGAGAAGGUACUAGCUUUGAAGCCAAAGAAUUUGAGUUUUGCAAAGGCAGCAAGCCUUCCUGUUGCUGUUGAAACAGCGUAUGGGGGCCUUGAAAGCGCUGGCCUUUCAGCUGGUAAAUCACUUCUUGUUCUGGGUGGUGCUGGUGGAGUUGGAUCUUUUAUCAUUCAGCUGGCAAAGAAUGUGUUUGGUGCAUCCGAAGUGGCAGCAACUUGUAGCGCUGGGAAACUGGAGUUACUUAAAACCGUAGGAGCUGAUUUGGCAAUCGACUACAAAAACAACAAGUAUGAAGAUUUGCCAGAGAAAUUUGACGUGGUAUAUGAUACCGUUGGUGAGAGUGAUAGGGGUAUCAAGGCUUUAAAAGAAGGCGUAAGGGUGGUGACAAUCGCGGGGGACGGAUCGGAGGUUCCUCCUGUUUUCAUGUUUGUGGUCACUUCAACUGGCUGUGUCUUAAACAAACUCAAACCUUUCACAGAGGAGGGGAAACUGAAGCCGGUGAUUCACACUAAAGGUCCGUUCCCAUUCUCUAAAACCAUUGAAGCAUUUUCCGAGACGGAUCCUCUGUCCAAUAUAUCUGUCCAUUUUUCUUGUCCAAUACAAGACUACGUAGUUUCAAUUGUUAAUACUAUUGAUAUGACACAUAACAUUGAAUGCAUAUUUAGGGAGUGUUUGAUGAGAUUAGGCAAGCAUUUGCGGAUGAGAUCCUUAAAUUUGUCAGAGUUGUAG